AAUGCAUGCAAACAUCAUCAUUCCCCACAAAAUCCUCCCAACCAUUCACCACAGAUCUCCCAACUCGACUUUCAAGACAAAAAAAGGGUUGGAUUGUAUUGCAUUUUACAUUUCUGGAAGAGAGAGAAAACCAAACACAAAAUAUUCCAAAAAAGACAAAAAGCAACUCUUUUUCUUUUAUUUCAUCAUGUUUCUGUAUCUGGGUAUUUUUCCUUUUCCUUUUCCUCUCUGACCCUUAUCAAAAUUUUCUCGGAAGCGGAUUUACAACCCGCUUCCGAGCUGGUUUUACUUUCCGGGUUUUAUCUAAAUGGGUUGCGUGAACUCCAAGAAAACCGGAGAAGCUGAUACAGUUUCUCCGGUUGGACCUUACGUUUAUUCGAGUUCUUCUCGAAAAAGGAGCAAUGGUUCAGGUAGAAGCAUGGUGGUGGAGACAUCUCCAUCUUCUAGAGGAAAUUCUGGUGUUGUUGUGAAUGUUACACAUCAACAACAACAUCAGGGUGACCUCAAACCCGCAGAGUGGAAAAAGGGAGAUUUGAAUGUCAAGAUUGGUUUUUAUCAUAGGUUUGUUGAAGGUGAACAGAUUGCUGCUGGUUGGCCUUCUUGGCUUACUUCUGUUGCUGGUGAAGCCAUUCAUGGUUUGGUCCCUCUCAAAACUGAUUCUUUUGAGAAAUUAGAUAAGGUUGGACAAGGUACAUAUAGCAGUGUUUUCAAAGCACGCGAAGUCGAGACAGGGAGGAUGGUUGCCUUGAAAAAGGUGCGGAUGGACACACUUCAACCUGAGAGCAUUAGGUUCAUGGCGCGGGAGAUAAUAAUCCUCCGCACACUGGACCACCCUAACAUCAUGAAGUUAGAGGGUAUAAUCACUUCACCACUAUCAAAUAGUAUAUACCUUGUAUUUGAAUACAUGGAACAUGAUCUUGCUGGCCUAGUAUCUAACCCCGAUAUCAAGUUCACAGACGCACAGAUUAAGUGUUACAUGAGACAGCUAUUGAGUGGAAUUGAGCACUGUCACCUACGAGGUAUCAUGCAUCGAGACAUUAAAGUAUCAAAUAUAUUAGUUAACAACGAAGGCAUUCUCAAGAUAGGAGACUUUGGAUUAGCAAAUAACACCGGCCCGAAUAGCAAACGUCCUUUAACAAGCCGUGUGGUGACUCUAUGGUAUCGUCCUCCCGAGCUUUUAAUGGGAUCAACAAACUACGGAGUUACAGUGGAUCUGUGGAGUAUAGGGUGCGUGUUUGCGGAACUUUUUAUAGGGAAACCUAUCCUUAAGGGGAGAACUGAGGUGGAACAGUUGCACAAAAUUUUUAAGCUUUGUGGAUCUCCACCUGAACAUUUUUGGAAAAGGAGUAAGCUUCCGCUUGCAACAAUGUUUAAGCCUCAAACUAGUUACGAAAGCUCCCUUUCGGAGAGGUGUAAAGGUCAUCUUCCUCCAACUGCUGUGGACCUACUUGAGACCUUACUCGCUGUUGAUCCUUCCAAGCGUGGUACUGCCUCCUCUGCACUUAUGUCCGAGUAUUUCAACACCGCACCAUAUGCUUGUAGUCCAUCACUCCUUCCAAAGUAUCUACCAAGUAAAGAAUUGGAUGCUAAAAACCGGGAAGACAUGCUCAGGAAAAAGAACGGUGGUGGUAAAGUGCGAGAGCGAGAGGCUCUAACAUCAGGAAGGCAAAGAAGGGCCCAUAAAGUUAUUCAGGAUCAUAACAAUGUCAACAAACCAACUAUGAAAGAGAAUAUUUCUCAAAACCCUCGUAGAGACGAUGAUGGUAAAGAACAUCAAACAAAGGGAAGAGUAGGAGCUAUGCACAAAGAGCAACAAAGACAUUUGUAUGAUGCAAAAUCAGAUAAUGUACAAAGGUUGAAUGGUUACAACGGCUAUAGUGUGUACUCAGGACCAGCACCAGUCUCGGGAUCUAGUGGCUUUACAUGGGCGAAAAGAAGAAAGCCAGAUGCUUCAUCGGUAUUAUCAGAUGGCUCAAGAAGUAAAAUCAGUGCAUUGGAUCCAACCUUUGCAAAAGGCACUUAUGAUUUAACGAAGCAAGGGAUAGAAGUUUCAGAAAGAAAAUAUCAUUAUAACACAAGGCAUCACGAUGAGAUUCCCAAGCAUGCAGUACCAAAGCACCUGGGUCAUAAAGUAGAAUCAUUUGAUGCAGCUGAUGUAUACAAUGCCAAUUACUUCAUGGAUCUUGAUCUCAUAGAUAAAUCCGAUAAUCAAAUAGAUGCACAGGACGACAAAUAUUACGGUGAACCUGUGGAGCAAUCAGUACCAACAAAUAAAAACGAUGAGUUGUUACAUUGGCAUGAAAAUAACAUGUGGCGGCAAUCUGUUCGUAAAUCAAGGUUGGGAAGAGGUAUGGAAGAAUAACUGGAAUAGAGUAAUAUUCGCUUCUACAAAGGGCGACAAUAUCGACAUUGUGGCGAAUGAUGGACUCCAUUACCGAAGACAUUCGACCCAUAUUAAUUUCUGACUUCAGCUCAUCUGAUAGCUUUGGCGAUACUAUCCUUCGUUUUGUUCAUAAGAAAGUGUUCAUACAGGAUUUAUCAUACAUAGGAUUAACAGUAACAGUGCCAACAUGAAAGAUGAUAUGAUUAAAGAAUGGUUGAUUUUUUAAUGAUAGAAUUUUUGUGUUUAGCAUAGUUACAGAAGUUUUAAUAUUUAUUAGCCUAUUUAUUAAAAAGGGAGAGAAAUCUCAAAGUAGUAUUCUGGUAUAUAUAUAUAUAUAUAUAUAUAUAUAUAUAUAUAUAUCAGAGUGUUCUUACUACAUGCAAAACCAACCAAAAUAUAUACAUAAAUAGGGAACAGAAAAAAUUAGAUCAAAGUAACUUUUUUGCAUUAACUUGUAACAUAAUUAAUAGUUUGAUUACCUCAUAUGGCUCAAUUUCAUUCUUUGACAUUCUAAUUCAAUUGAGUAAAAUUUCUAAACUAAACAAUCAGUUUGUACAACUCUUGAUAAAAAUGAUGCAAGAAUUGUGUUAGAAGUGGUUA